CACUGUAUCCUCGACUCCCAAGCUUUCAAUGGAAGGAAGAUCUGACCGUCUUAGCGCGUCUCAUUUCGCAAAUUUCCCGCCAAUUCUUCUUCCAGUUGAGAGAAGAAUCGAUCCCAAUCCUUCGUCCUCUUCUUCUAUUUCCACCUUCUUCUUCGAGCUUAGUGUGCCUUUCAAUGGCUUCUCCGUUACAGCUCAGGAUUGAAAUGUUUGAUCCGUCAUUUGAAUCGAUUAUUCCAGAGAAGUUACUCAUUUCCGUUAUCAGAAUUUACAUGCGAAUUUUGAAGUGGUUUGACGGUCAUCUUCUUGCAUCGAUUUUACUGAAGAAGUCACUCAUUCGGUCUCAAUUUUACAUUAACAAUUAUCAAGAAGUUACGUUUAUUCCGUUCCGACAAGAAGGACCAAGCAAUAGAGGGCAAUAUUCAGUUCACAACAUGUUGUCAGCAUCAGCUUCUUUCAUUUCCUCUACUGAAGGUAAGUUCUAA